AUGCAACAAUCUGCGUUGUAUCAUGCGAUUCGAUCAGGAGAUGCUGAAAUCGUCGAAGAAUUGUUACACGAUCAGCCAAAAUGGAAUUACGUUGACCAACAGAGGCCGGCGCUCAUUGUCUCCGCCUUCGAUAAACCAGAUAUUCUACAAUUAUUACUUGAUGCGGGCGCAGAUCUUAAUACACCUGGUCCGGAAGGCUGGUCACCGAUUGUUUAUGCUGCAAAGUUGGGCAGCGUUCACGUCAUUCAAACCCUACUCGAUAGCGGUGCUGAUCUGCACAUUCGCGAUGACUACGGAUGGACUCCGCUUUGCAUUGCAGUCGACUACGAACGCGAUAAAAACAUAUUACAAGCCCUGGUAGAAGGUGGUGCUAGCGUGACAGACACCACCACAGACACAGGAAAGGGACUGCUUCAUCUGGCUGUUUGUCGGGCUCCCCAUGUUACUCGAUUUCUUUUGCGGUUCAAAGAUCAGCUGGAUCUAAACCAGAGCGACUUUGAAGGUUGUACACCUCUUUUAUCAGCGAAAGGAGAGGGGGAAAUUGACGCUCUUACCUUGUUGGUUAACGCCGGCGCGGAUAUAAACUUGGUGGACAGCCGCGGGGAAACAGCACUUCAUUGUGCGAUUGAGUUUGAGACAGUGCCUUUCCGCGAUUUGCUAUUAUCCCAGCCUGAGAUUGAGGUGAAUUGUCUCUCUGUUUAUUUGGGGAGUCCGCUGCACUCUGCAUGUCGUCGAUCACACCUGGAUUGCGUGGAAGCUUUACUAGCACACGGGGCAGAUCCCAAUUUGAUAUCGCCUAACACAUGGGAUCAGACACCGCUGACUUCGGCAUUAUUGCCAAGUGAGUAUGCGCGUGGGGAUAUCAUGUCCUCGGUGGAGGAUGUCGUUCGCCACCUCGUCCGGUCGGGGGCAUCAGUUGGAAUGAUGGUCUCGUCGACAUUUUAUUGUCCGCUUGCAACAGCAUGUUUCUCAGCUACCCCAAGUGUCAUUGACUUUCUUCUAGAUGCGGGCGCUUCACCAGACUGCGUUGAUCCUGUUUCGGGAAAACUCCCGAUUCACUUCGCCGCUGCUAACGGCAUCGAAAGCUUUGAUACUGUCCUGCUCGCUUUCCAGGAUAACAUGAUGAUACCUGACACCUACGGCAAGAAUUGUCUCCACUGGGCAGCCCAGUACGGCAAUUCCUACACUGUGGAAUACAUCCUGUCCCGCCUCGAACUUCCCUCUGAGCGGAGCCAAGCGGUAGAGCAAGCCGACUGUGAUGGGUGGACGCCGCUGUGUUGGGCUGUCUGUCCGCUCUUUAAUCACUAUCUUAAUCAGAUGGGCUCUGAAAACAGAGACCACGUCAACACUGUUCGCAUCUUACUGAAACAUGGCGCAAAUCCAAUGGUGCAAUGUCGGCGAGGCAAAGAGAUCUUGACUCCGCUUGAACUGGCACAACGGUGUAAUGCCGGGACCGAAAUCAUCUCCCUUCUCCGGGAGACAGUUUCUGCGCAAUCGCAGUUAGUGGCGGUAUUUACCUCCCAGAGUGUACGAAAGUACACAUGCAGUAGCACGAUAUGCGAUUUCUGUCUAGGGGUAUGUUAG